AUGGGGCCGUGCCCCAGUCCAGGCUGCUUUGCGCACUCAUGUCUGGGCAUCAUCCAGCACUGCCAGCUGUUCCUUUGGGAUUUGGUCUUGGGGGGCCUGGUGUGGAUCCUGAUCGCCUUGUCCCAGGUGCCCCUCCCCCUGUUCCAGGGUUGGGUGGUGUUCGUGUCUAUGUUCUGUUUCAUCAGCACCACAGCCCUGCUCUUCGUCUACAUAACUGGUGCCCAUGGUAAGAAGGCUUCCUGGGAAACCCUGGAGACAGUCUACCACUCUUUGGCCACGCUGUUUUACCUCAGCGCCUCUAUCCUGGAAGGUUUGGCCACCAACAUUGUGGACUAUGAGGUGGACUUCACAAACGAACAAUACCUUGAAAACAUCAUUGCUACGGUGAGUCUCCCAGUCAACCUGCCCAUGUUCACAGCUCCCACCACCCACUGACACAG